CAAAUUGUACUGUGCCCAAUUGUACUAAAUGUGACGUAUCGAUAUUUUGGUCGAAAUUGUAAACUUGGCCUAAGCGAGUAUUUGAAUGAGUAGUAUUUAAAGAAAUUGCAAAAAUAAUGGAAAAUGUGAACUUUUUCGAAAAAAAGCGAGUGCAAGUGGCCCUAGAAACGUUAUAUGGACACACAGAAGAUUUUCUCUAUUGCAACACACGUGUGCCAGAAAUUCCACAUUCGGAACUAACCAAAGGAUCCUGGUCGUUCAAAUUUUUUAAGGAAUACGUCUCCAAAAAUAGUCCAGUUCUUAUAAAAGGAGGUGCCAACGAGUUACCUGCUAUAAAAAAGUGGAAUUCCGAUUAUUUUAGGGAAAAGUACCCAGAUAAACUAGUAACAGUAACUUUAACUCCUAAUGGUUACGCCGACGGUAUCGCUCGGCACCAAAACGAGGACAAUUUCUUUCUACCCGAGGAGGUUCAAAUGCCUUUUAGCGAUUUUUUAACUAUAUUAGACGAAAAAAGGCCGAAUUACGUGAGCUACAUUCAACAACAGAACUCAAAUUUAACUGAGCAUUAUCCCGAAUUACUUUUAGAUGUAAACAGUGAGUUCCAGUGGGCAUCCGUUGCCUUCGGUAACAAACCUGAUGCAAUAAAUUUCUGGAUGGGAGACCAAAGAGCUGUUACAAGCAUGCACAAAGACCCCUACGAAAACAUCUAUUGCGUCAUAGAUGGCUUCAAGGAUUUUAUCCUAAUACCACCAUGUGACCUCCCGUAUGUCCCAUAUAAGAAAUAUCCAGUAAAACAGUAUCAAAACGUCACCCCGUACGGCUUUGAAGUGACUGAUAGGGAUCAGAACGAGAUUUCUUGGAUAGCGGCGGAUCCUUUAAACGAUGAUUUGGUGGAGACGUAUCCAGACUUUUACACCACAGCUAGAAGGUUCCAAGUUAGAGUGGAAAAAGGGGAUAUCUUAUAUUUGCCCAGUUUGUGGUUCCACCAUGUGAGGCAAAGUCAUAAAUGUAUCGCCGUUAAUUAUUGAUCGGAUACUGGCACUUUUGUUACUGGUUCGGGUAUCAAAGAGUUUGAAUUUAUAUUAAGGACGUGCAUCGAAAUUCGAGUGAAUUGAGUAAGUUUAUUGCGUUAUAGGCCUUAUGUCUAAUAUUCACCAG